CUGCCGAAACUUUGACUUUAAUCGUAAAACAGAUAGCAAGCAUACGCUACGCUAGAAUUUUUUUCCUCUCGUUUUCUGUCUCUGUGGUGACGCGUUAUUUACAUGCUGAAAGUGAUUUAAAAUUCUGUCAUGUCUUCUGAAUUACCGGCUAAUGCACCCGUUCCCAGGGUUUGUCACUUGAUUAAGUGGGCUGAUUUUGACGGCUAUGGAUUUAAUUUACACGCUGAAAAGUCCAGGACUGGUCAGUUUAUCGGCAAAGUGGAUGAUGAUAGUCCGGCUCAACAUGCUGGUUUACGGGAGGGCGAUCGUAUUAUCGAAGUCAAUGGAGUAAACAUUGCGAACGAAAAUCACCGUCAAGUUGUUGAACGGAUAAAAUCCAUUCCAAAUGAAACCAAAUUAUUAGUUGUUGAUGAAGAGGCCGAUAAAUGGUAUAAAGAAAGAAAAAUAGUGAUUAAAAGCACGUUACCAAAUGUUCAGUCUAUGAAAACACCAAUUCCCCGUCCUUACAAAGAGCCCCCUUGUUAUGAAAAUAUAUCCCCCUCUGCCAAUGGAAAUGAUAAGAGUUCUGUUGGAAACGGUGUUCAUCAGUAUUCCCCUGAAACUGCUCCAAAAUAUGAGAAUAAACAGAAUGGUACUACUUCACCUCAUCCAGCAGCUAAUGGUGUGACAGUGGUAGAGAAGGCAGCUAUAGUGGAUGAGCAUGAAGUCGAAGAAGAGAGUCCAAAAAUCAUUGUUAAUAAAACUCCAGAGAGUCCGAUUAUUCAGAAAACCAAAGAAGAGGUUCACAAUUCUCGAAGUUCCACGCCAAUGGACAGCAAUGCUUCCAUACCAGAUUCCCCCCACUCUACCAAGAGUUCUCGCAGCACCAACAGUGUUGGAGGUAACAGCAAUCAGAAUGGCCCAUUAGGUCAAUUAGAGGAUGGAGUCUUGAACCUCAACAUGAGUGCAUCAGAGAUGCGCCAAAUGCUCGCCAACCGGAGGAAAAAGGACCCCAAAAAAGAGCCUAUGGAUAUCAGACAAAAAUAUGAGAUUAUACAACAAAUGUAAAAACUUUGGGAUUAAUUUUUUUUUUUAAAUAUUGCAUUUUGCUUUGCACUAUGCAGUUUAGGAAAUGAUUGUUUUAGAAUGUUGAUUGCAAGAGGGUGCAGUGCAAAAUGCAUCUUAAUCCAGAUAUCUAAGUUUAAACUUUUGCUUUCAUUUUUUUAAAUUAUUGUUAUUAGCAUUCUGGUAUUGUCAUAUAAAAUCGAAUGUAUCUUUUGCUCAUGUGGUACGAUUAUCAAAUUGUUUGGUUCGUUGAAAAUAUAACUUUUUAUUAUUAAAUAAUGAAAUUUUUAAUAAAUUAUUUAAUUUACUUUUUUAUGUUAGUUUCAAGCUCAUUAUGAGCCUUAUAAUUAAUUUCAAUCUUUAUUUUUACUUCUUUUCAAUCCUUAUCUUGUAAAAAGUGUUUCAAGCUCAUGUGAUGCUGGUAUCAUUAAAAAUCCUUAAAUAGACCGUAUUAGAGUUUUCAAUCUUUAUUUAUUUUAAUCUUUAGAGUGAAAAAUUAGUUUUAACUAAUUAAACUAAUUAAUUUAAAACUAAUUAAACUAAUUAUUACCAUUAAAAAUCAUUAAAUCAAAUAUUUUAUCUAUCUUCCUAUUCAAACUCAUAUGAAGCUGUUAUUAAAAAAAAUUAUAAAUGUUGAAUUUUUAAGUACUUUUUUAGUAAGCUCUUAUUGAUGAAUAAUUUCAUACAAAAUUUUUAAUGGCCUUAAAAAAAUUGCAUUCAUAAAGUAAAUCUUACAUGAUUAAAUUUUAUCUCUAUAAUUAAUCUUAACAUUUUAAAAUGAUUGUUCAACUGUUUUCGAUUUUGAAAAAUGAAUGUUAUUCAUAAAACGUCAUAUAAAUCCUGAUCCUAAAUUCAAAUAUUUUUUUUAAAAAAAAUGAAAUUCACUGCUCACUAUUUAAUUGUUCUUUACAGAUUUUCAUUUCCAACAUGUUUUCCUAUUUUCUUACUGGUUGAUUUAAUUAAAACGCAGUUAAUAUCAGUCAUAAAUAAAAAUUAUUAGAAAUGAUAUUUAUGAAAGCAAAACUUCAAAUUUAGUUUCUCUGUUUUUGUAUAUCAUAUUAAAUUUUUUAUUUGUUAAAACUUACCUAUGCCAACAAAUUAGUUUAAAGAAGCGUAGCUUUAAUUUUAAAGCUUUUCACUUGUAAAUAUAUAUUGUGUUAUUCUUUGCUACACUUCAAGAUAGCGUUAACAAUUAAAGAAUUUAUAAUCGGCGUGUUCUGUUACGCCAAAGUCGCCAAUCGAUUUAGCCUUAGAAAUGUUAACAACCGUUAAACUGCCCAUUUUUUCGAACAAAUCAGUUCACAGUUUCCGUGCUGCAUAACGAUUCUUUAUUUAAUUAUAUUUCUAUUAUAAAUUUUUUUAAAUAUUUCUGCCAGAAAAACUAUACUGUAACAGAAGAUAUUAAAAUUUUAACAAAUUCUUGAUUCAUCAAUCUGCUUAAAAAUCUCACCAGAUUCUAAUUUCACAAUUGAAUUUAAAUGAAUUUUCUCUCCAAUAAAAUUGUUGCAAUAAAAUUUUCUGUCGAAUCGACACUAGAAAAUAUUUUCGAUUAAAAAUAGCACUGCUCAAAUUACGUAAUAUAUUGCGUAUUAUUACAUAAUAUAUUACGUAAGAAAUGUAAUAAAAUCAAAUAUAUUACAUUGCUUGAGAGAGGGGGGGUUGGAAUUCGCUUAAUUUUGUUCACAAGGGGGGGGGGCAGGAACUAUGAUAGUGUUUUGAUUUCUGAUUUGUAUAUUUUCGCUGUAAAAAGUGGUGGAACCAAAGCUAUCAAAAAAAUUCUCAUGAAAUAUUGGCAGGACUCCAAAUAAAUAUAUAUUUUUAAAGCAUUUUACAUAACACUAACAUAGCUGCCAACGCUACUGGAUUUUGCCAGUUUCUCCUGGUUUUUGAAAAUUUCCUAAAAGUAAGUUUCUUAUAAAUUUAAAAAAAAAAAAAACGAAUUUAAAUAGAAUUUUUGCGCAGAUUAUUGCUUGCUUAAAUAUUUAAAUAUGUGAUACUAAUACAUAAUGAAGCGAGUCUCAUUUGUAAAAAUCAGUUUUAAAAAAAAAAUUUAAGUCUGUUUUUAUGCAGAACUGCCUUUUUAAUUUAAUUUUAAAAAAAUCUUUUAAUUAUCUUUGAUGAGUUAAAUGCCUAUUACUAUUCGAAUUUAUUAGUAAACAUAAUGCAUUACAUUUCAUGUUCGUUUAAUGUUAAUUAUAACUGGAUAAUAUUGCAGUUUUUCUGUUUUGAUGAAUUUAAAAUUUCCUAUGUCUAAAACAUUUAUGCACUAAUUUUUUUUCCUUCCGGAAACUGUUCAAAGAAGCUAGGCAAAAAAAAAAAAAGGGAAAU